GUCAAAAAAUGUACGAAUCAGCGUAUAAUUUGAAAUAUUUUUUAUCAAAAUUAUGUUGCGCAUUGUAAGAUCUUGUAAAAUAUAUCAAAAUGUGAAUUGGCUCGAUGAAAAUAUAUUUAAAUGUUCAUAUAAAUGUGUCAGAUAUGCUGUGAAUUUAUCGUACAAAGUACUACAACAGAUUAUAGGUACUCCGAGCGACAUAGCGCCACCUCUAUGCAUAUUACACGAUUUGUUAAGUAACAAAAAGCAAUGGAAUAGCAUCGGAAAGACAAUAAACAAUUUAACAAAGCGGCCAGUGGUCAUUGUCGAUCUCAGAAAUCACGGCAUGAGUCCACACACAAGCUCCCAUAAGUACGAAGAAAUGGCGAUCGAUGUUCAAAAUUUAUUAAAGAAAUUAUCAGUAGACAAAGCUUUUUUCCUUGGACAUGGAAUCGGUGGAAAAACGGCAAUGUGUAUUGCAUUAUUGGCGCCGAAAGUGGUAGCGGGUGUUAUGAUAAUCGAUGUAUCACCAGCUUCAUCACCUAAACAAUUUGACGAGCUAUAUUCAGAUAUAUUUACAAUAAUGAAGAAAAUAACUUUCAAAAAUGAGACGAAACUGGAAGCGACACAAGCUAGAAUAAGAAAAGAACUAAAAGAGAGUUUACAUGAUGACAUCGUUAUGGAUUUAAUAAUAUCCAAUGUUGUCCUAAAAUCUGAUUUAACUAUAGGCUGGACGUGCAAUCUUGAUGUUUUAAUUAGAAAUUUUAAUAAUAUGACCUCCUUCCCGAAAAGGUUAAAAGGAAACACAUAUCAUGGACCGACUUUAUUUAUUGGUGGCCAGUUAUCGGAAUAUUUGCCACCGGACGAUUUGCCAACAAUUCGCGAUUUUUUUCCUGAAGCGGUUAUUACGUAUUUGAGAAGCACAAAUCACAAUUUACACUUAGAAGACACAAGAGGUUUUCUUGAAAUAAUUAUUCCCCGCCUUAAAUAAUUGCAACACUGAUAAUGUGGCCAGUAUGAACUACUCUCAACAAGUUUGAGUGGGAUUUUUGAUGUAAAAUAUUAUUUUACCUAUAUAUUUUAUAAUAUUAAAUGAAUAUAUA